AUGGAGGAGCACUGCUCACUACUGCACCCAACAACAGAACAUAACUCUCAAAGAUCACUCCUGUUGCCCUAUGCUCCUUCUUUGCCUGAAUGGUUGAGCCCGCCAGGCCGAGAUGUUUCAAAGGUUACAGAUGGAAACGAGGGAUGGCACACCUCGGCCACUGGGAUAGUACAGGAGCCUGCACCUCCUAACCAGGAAGGAGUGGCUGCUCCAUCAGCCCAGUGUAAAAGUUCGGAAGAUGUAUUAGUGCCAGUUGGUGACUGGAUGGGACCCUGA